CGACAUGUGGCGGCGCGGCUGAGCGGAGCGGAGGGGGAGAAAGGGGAGGACACGCGCGGGGAGGGGAGGGAGGAGGCCAGACAAGGCGGGGGGAGGAGGAGCGGCGGUGGCGCAAGUCGCGCGGAGCAGCGCAGCCCGGGUCCGCUCUCUGCUCCGUCGCCACCUCCCGACCCGGCGAGUAGAGCCGGUGCUCCAGCGACCCCCGGAACAACUCCAAGCGUACUAAGGAGUCCAUGUUGGGGAACUUGGCGUCGUGACGGGGACCUAGGGACCUGCAGUGGAGCCGCCGCCGCUGGAGCAAGCGCCUCGACCUCGGCCUGAGAAUAAUUUGAUGGAAAACUGAUUACGUGACUGUUCCACCUGAAGAAUCUUAAAGGAAGCCCAUUUUUAAGGAGAAAUGAAGAGGAAAAUUAUAUAUACCCUAAAUGUGGGCGAUCAAGAGUAUGAAGAUACGGAAGGUGAAGAAAACAAAGAUAAUACUGCCACCACUGGUCUGUUGUACAGUGAAGCUGACAGAUGUCCGAUAUGUCUUAAUUGCCUGUUAGAAAAAGAAGUUGGUUUUCCAGAAAGCUGUAAUCAUGUCUUCUGCAUGACCUGUAUUCUUAAAUGGGCAGAGAUACUGGCUUCAUGUCCUGUAGACCGAAAACCAUUUCAGGCAGUGUUUAAAUUGAGUGCAUUGGAAGGUUGUGUUAAGGUUCAAGUAAAAAGACAUUUGAGAGAAACAAAAGACAAGAAAACUGAAAGCUCUUUUAAGAAGCAGCUCUCCUGUUGUGAAAAUUCUAAAAGCUGUAUGAGAAAAAAAGUCAUAAAAGAAGAUCUGUUAAAUGCAAAACUUAAGGACUUGAAGACGACACAUAGAAAUUCUACACACAGUGAAAUGGAAGGAAAGAAAAAUGCAACAAUAAAAACAAAUAAGCCUCGAAAAUCAAAUCAGUGUACCAGUCAGUGCUUCAGAAAUUUUUUCUCCAAUAUGUUUUCUUCUAGUAGUUACACUGGAGAAUCUUUUACCUGUAGAACUUACUGUACAGAAUUUAUAGAAAUCAAUGAAAUGAGUGCAUUGAUUAGGCAGAAGAGACAGGAAUUGGACUUGUCAUGGUUUCCUCAUACGUCACCUGGAAGUGGAAGAAUUGGUUUUAUACCCUGGAAUACUGAAACACAAGUACUUCCUCUCAUCUCUUCUGUGUUGCCAAGAACUAUUUUUCCAACAAGUACCAUAUCUUUAGAAAAUUUUGGUACCUCCUGCAAGGGAUAUGCAUUAGUACAUACUCAAGAAGGAGAAGAGAAGAAGCAGACUUCUGGUACAUCAAACACCAGAGGAACAAGACGAAAACCUGCAGCAACAACUCCUACAAGGAGGUCAACACGUAAUACGAGACCUGAAACAGUCAGUCAGUCUCAGAGAUCCCCAGUAUCAAAUAAUUCUGGAUGUGAUGCCCCAGAUAACAACAAUCCAUCUGUAAGUGUUUCCUCUUCAGGUUCGUCAGAAAAGCAAACAAGACAGGCUCCAAAACGGAAGUCUGUAAGAAGAGGAAGAAAACCACCUUUGUUGAAAAAGAAACUUCGGAGCUCUAUAUCUGCCCCUGAAAAAUCAUCUUCCAGUGAUUCAGUAGAUGAAGAAACAGCAGAAUCUGACACACCACCUGUGUUAGAGAAAGAGCACCAAUCAGAUGCAGAAAGUAGUAACAGUUGUACUGUGCAGGCAAGUGUAGAAAAUGAGUCUGUUAAUGACUUGAGAAGUUGCAAUGAGCAGGUAGAAGAAAGUGAGGAACAUACUGAGAACCAUGAUACAGAGGAAGCAGUGGAAUCUUCAUAUUUGGAGUCUCAUAUCCAAGAUCCUCCUGUACUAGUUGGAGAGGAAGAGGACAUUCAAAAAGUUGAGGAUACAAGUAUAGAGGCUAAUAUUUUAUGGUUAGAAAGUGAGACCCCUAAAAAUAUUUCUGGGAAAGAAGAUGAUCAACUAGGAAAUCAAGACCAAACAUCUGGACUUUCAGAAUCAGAGGUAAAGGUGGAUAAAUGUACAGAUCAUCGUUCAGAUGAUCUUCUUACUUGUUCAGGAUCUGAAGUUGAAGUAGAUGAAUCUGUACCAAGCUUAGGUGAGUUACCAGAGAAUGCAGAGUCGGUGGUUAAUGAAGAAAAAGUUAUGGAGAGUCCUGUGGCAGAAAUUACUGAUGAUAAAGAUUCAACAGUAAAAACAGAACAGCUUGUAGACAGCCCCAAAUUAGAAUCUUCUGAGGGUAAAAUUAUGCAAACGGUGGACAGAAUAUCCAUAGAGAGCUCAGAGGUUCAGUUGCUUGGGCAUGUUGAAACUGAAGAUGUAGAAAUAAUUGCAGCAUGUGAUACUUCAGAGAAUGAAAAUUCCAGUAGUAUUCAAGACUCUGAAAAUAAUUUAUUAAAAAAUAAUCUUAACACCAAAUUAGACAAGUUAGAAAAGACUGAAUCUCCUACUGAACAUUCCGGAUCUGCAGAAUUGCCUAACACACACAUUGAACAAAUUCAGAAGCCUUUUAGUGAGGACAAUAAUGAAAUGAUACCUAUGGAAUGUGAUUCACUUUGCAGUGACCAGAAUGAAUCUGAAGUUGAACCUUCUGUAAAUGCUGAUACUAAACAAUUGAAUGCAGAUUCUGUGGAGCACAGUUCUCAAAAUAAUAUGCCAUCUUCUGAUCCUGCAAAUGGAAAUGCUGAAACUGUAUCUCAACCAUCUGAAAGCCCUGUAGAUGUGGUAGAGAAAGCCAAAAAGCCUCGUACCCGAAGAUCUAGAUUUCACUCCCCAUCUACAACUUGGUCUCCCAACAAAGAUACUGCACGAGAAAAGAAGCGGUCUCAGUCUCCAUCUCCCAAAAGAGAAACUGGAAAAGAAAGCAGGAAGUCUCUAUCACUGUCUCCCAAGAAAGAAUCUGCAAGAGGACGUAGAAAAUCUCGUUCUCAGUCCCCAAAACAGGAUAUCGCAAGAGAAAGGAGACAAUCUCAGUCUCGAUCUCCAAAAAGAGAUAGUACAAGGGAAGGCAAAAGAUCUGUAUCACUCUCCCCCAAAAGAGACACUUCUAGAGAAAACAGAAGAUCUCAGUCAAGAGUGAAAGAUUCUUCCCCGAGGGAAAAAUCCAGGUCCCGGAGCAGAGAAAGAGAAAGUGAUAGAGAUGGGCCAAGGAGAGAUCGUGAUCGAGAAAGGAGAACCAGAAGAUGGUCUAGAUCCAGAUCUCGUUCUAGGUCACCAUCAAGAUCUAGAACAAAAAUUAAGAGUUCAUCAUUUGGUAGAAAUGACAGAGACACUUACUCUCCCCGCUGGAAGGAAAGAUGGGCAAAUGAUGGUUGGAGAUGUCCACGAGGAAAUGAUCGGUACAGAAAGAAUGACACAGAGAAACAGAAUGAAAAUACAAGAAAAGAAAAAAAUGACAGUCCAGGUGCUGAUGAUCCAAAUUCUGCUGACAAACAUAGAAAUGACUGUCCCAGUUGGGUAACAGAAAAAAUAAAUUCUGGACCUGAUCCAAGGACCAGGAAUCCAGACAAGUUAAAAGAUUCUCACUGGGAAGAAAACAGAAAUGAAAAUUCAGGGAAUUCUUGGAAUAAAAACUUUGGUUCAGGUUGGAUGUCUACCCGUGGUAGAGGUAACCGUGGCAGAGGCACUUACAGAGGUGGUUUUGCCUAUACAGAUCAAAAUGAAAAUAGGUGGCAAAACCGAAAACCCCUCUCAGGGAAUUCAAAUAGUUCAGGGAAUGAGUCUUUCAAGUUUGUGGAACAGCAACCUUAUAAGCGGAAAAAUGAGCAACAGGAGUUUUCAUUUGAUACACCGGCAGAUAGAUCUGGGUGGACAUCUGCAUCUAGUUGGGCUGUGAGAAAGACUCUACCAGCAGAUGUACAAAACUACUAUUCACGACGAGGGAGGAAUUCUUCAGGCCCGCAGUCUGGGUGGAUGAGACAAGAAGAGGAAACAACUGAACAAGAUUCUAACCUAAAAGACCAAACAAACCAACAUGGAGAUGGUUCUCAGCUCCCUAUAAAUAUGAUGCAACCACAAAUGAAUGUAAUGCAGCAGCAGAUGAACGCACAACAGCCUGUGAACAUCUUCCCGUAUCCAGUGGGUGUUCAUGCUCCUUUGAUGAACAUCCAGCGCAAUCCAUUUAGCAUUCAUCCUCCGCUGCCCUUGCAUCUGCACACAGGCGUGCCUCUCGUGCAGGUGGCUGCUCCUACCAGUGUAUCUCAGGGACUCCCACCGCCGCCACCCCCUCCCCCACCAUCCCAACAAGUCAGCUACAUUGCUUCACAGCCAGAUGGAAAGCAAUUGCAGGGUAUUCCUAGUGCUUCUCAUGUAAGUAACAACAUGAGUACACCAGUCUUGCCUGCUCCAACAGCAGCCCCAGGAAAUUUGGGAGCAGUUCAGGGACCAAGUUCUGGUAAUACUUCGUCAUCAAGUCACAGCAAAUCCUCUAAUGCUGCUGUAAAAUUGACAGAAAGCAAAGUAAGUGUUACAGUGGAAGCCAGCGCAGAUAGCUCGAAGACAGACAAGAAAUUACAGAUCCAAGAAAAAGCAGCACAGGAGGUAAAAUUGGCCAUUAAGCCAUUUUACCAAAAUAAAGAUAUCACCAAGGAAGAAUAUAAAGAGAUUGUACGGAAAGCAGUAGAUAAAGUUUGUCAUAGUAAGAGUGGAGAAGUAAAUUCUACUAAAGUGGCAAAUCUGGUUAAAGCCUAUGUAGACAAAUACAAAUAUUCACGGAAGGGAAGCCAAAAGAAAACUCUGGAAGAACCUGUGUCUACCGAAAAAAACAUAGGUUGAAAUGGGGAGCACUAUAAAGGACACUAUCAAGAUAUCUGCAAAGUGCAAUUUCAACAUGUACCUUUAACUGAAAAUCAUAACUGUGAUUGAAAUUUGGUUUUGAUAAAAUUAUUUUUUUUAAUGUAGAAUAUAAAGUUUUGUUCUAAAUAAAUAUAGUUCUGCACUGCAACUUCUUUAUCCUUCCUCCUCCCGAAAAUAAAAGCAAAUUCAAGGGAAAGUAAAGGGGUUAAAGGAGUGUGCAUUUUUACUAAGACUGUGUUAUAGUGUGGAUACUGGAAGAUGUACAGCUUUUUGAUUUGAACAGUGGAGUGCAUAAAUUAGAGUCUUCUAAGUGCACUGGUUUUGGAAAAGAUAUAUAUAAUACAUUUAUUCUGUCAGGCUAAAAAUAAAGUAUGAUCUCUAUGAUUUUUCCCUCUAAUUAUAGAAAGUUAAAUAAUGUAUUACCAUGAAAAAUAUUUCUAAUAACAGAAUAUACCAAUUGCAGGGUUCCUAAUGUGUAUUUUUAAAGCACACACCUGAAUAAAUUGCCUAGAUAGAAAACAAAUUAUCACAUGAGUAAAAUUCAGUGUUCAAAACUUUGGAACACUGUUAUUGUAUCACCAAAUAAAGGUUAUGCUGCUUGUU